CACUACACAUUACAAGAAUCCAAUACACAUUCAUACACUGAUACAUACCAACGUCAUCAACCUCCUGCCUGUGUACUCUCCUCUUGUUUUCCCCAAAUACUCAAAGAAACAUCCUUUGAUUUCAUCUUUUUUUUACCAAGCUUUGAUUUUGUAGCUAAUUCUGAUAAAAUUCUGAAAUUUUCGACUGUUUUAGCCAGCAAGACGCAAAAAUGCUGGGAUGUAAGAGAACUGACGGGAGAAGAUGGCGGUGUCGCCGGCCAGUGAUGGACGGAAAAGAGUACUGCGAAACGCACUUCCUUCAGUACUGUCAUCGGCUGAAGCACGAGCCAGUUCCCGCUGCUCUUAAACUUGCCGGAAUUAGGCACAAGAAAUUGGUCCCUAAAGUCGAUGAAGAAUCGUCACUUCAACAUGACGGAGAAUACGAGGCACCCCUAAGAAGAAGGGGUAGAAAAAGAAAUCUGCCAUUGAAGGAUGUGGGUGCAGUUCGUCUACCUCGUAAAAGGGGUAGACCACCGAUGAAGGAGGCUGUAGUUGAAAUCUCCGAUCAACUUCAGGAUGGAAGCAAGUUAGCUUUCCAAGACGGAAAUCUGCAGUUGUAUGAUAUCAAACAGGAAUAUGAGAAAACUAUUGUUAAGGAUCUCAUGUUUGGACAAAUGGUGAUACCCCAACCUUCUCCGAUGUCCUUACAAUUCAAAACUGUGCAAAAAGAAGUUUCUCCGAAGAUGAAAGUUGGGGUUCCAUCUGCAACUAGAUAUCCCAGAAGGACGAUCCGUUCUAAAAACGUUGAAUCCGAUCCAAUUGCUACAGUUCAGAUGUUACCAAAUAUAAAAGAAAAUAUAAAAGCAUCUGCAAAGCCGAAUAUCAUCAAGAGGUGCCAUUGGUGCAAAUACACCAGCUAUCGUGUAUUUGUCCAAUGCUCAACAUGUAAAACACAUUUCUUUUGUAAAGAAUGUAUCAAUAAAAGGUUUUAUUGUAGGUCAGCAAUCAAGAGAUUGUGUCCUGUGUGUGAAGGGACGUGUGAAUGUCGAACUUGCUCAAAAGCAAAAUCUAAAGAAGGCAAAAAGAAGGAGUUGGUGAUUUAUGAUCGUGAUGAGGAGGUGAUGAUUUACAAUGGUGAAGAAGAGGAGGUGGUGGUUUCUCAACCUGAAAAGGAGGUGAUUGUAUACGAUCAUGAAAAGAAGUUUGACAAAAGUCAACAACUUCACAUGAUUCGCCUCCUUCUUCCACUUAUGGAAAAAAUAAAUCAAGAAAAGAUGAAUGAGCUGGAAACCGAAGGUAUAAACAAAGGAAGAACUCAUUCUGAAUUACAAGUUCAGCUUGUAGAAUGUCCCAAGAAGCCAAUAUGCAGUUUUUGCUCUUCAUGGGUUACAGACAUUCACAGAAGCUGUGAAUAUUGCUCUUACAUUCUCUGCAUUCAUUGUUGUCAAGAGUUUCAUGAAGGAUACUUACAUUCAGGUCUUGGAGAUUUGAGGAAUACUAGGUUCGUUAGAAGCAAAUCAAGAAAGAUUUCAUGGGCAUUUAGUAUAGAUGGAAGCAUAAGAUGUCCACCACAAACUUUAGGUGGAUGCAAUCAAGAUUUUCUCCAAUUAACUUCUUUUUCCUCCUUUGGUUUCACAAAAGAUCUUGAAGAAAACGCAAAACAAAUAGUAAACAAAUAUCAAUUCACGAAAUCUUUAGGGCUUCUUUCUUCACCUUGCUUACUAUGUGAUGAAAAUGACAAAUUGGGUAGUGAAAAAGUUGGAAACUUGAUUAAAAACAAGGGUUUGUAUUUCAAGACUAAGCAAGAUUUGAUGGAUAAAAAUCUUGAACAUUUUAUGAAGCAUUGGGGUAAAGGUCAACCUCUUGUAAUCCGUAACGUGCUUCAAAGUCAACAGCAUUUGAAUUGGGAUUUCGGUUACUUGUUGUGCAAGUAUCUUGAAAGGAGUGAAGGAAAAGGAAAAUCAAAAGGUGGAUUUGAUUGGUGUGAUGUGCAAUUUGGUAGAAAGCAGAUUUUUAAAGGUGGUGUUACACAUGAAAAUGUGUGGCAAGAGCUUUUGAGAUUCAAAGUUAUGUUUUCUUCAAACUUUUUUCAAGAUCAUUUCCCAGAUCAUUAUGCUGUUGUGAUGGAAUCUUUACCUGUUCAAGAAUAUAUUACGGGUUUUAUGAAUCUUGCAAUGAAUGUUUCUCAUGAAACUGGAAACCCUAAUUUGGGACCUCGUGUUUGUAUCUCAUAUGGUGAACCGAAUCUUACAGAUGCUGAUCUUAUAACUAAAUUGUGUUUUCAUGCGAAUGAUGUGGUUAAUAUUCUUGCAUAUGCUACUGAUAAUCUGAUUUCUGAGGACAAUCUUAAUAAAGUCAAGAUCUUGAUGAACAAAUACAGUUCACAAGAGCAUAUAAAGUCUUCAAGGAAGAUCAAAACAAGAAAUGAACUUGAAAAACUUUUUGAAAGUUCACCAAAAUUGGAGGCGAAAAAGAAUGAUAUAGAUAUGUCAUUUGAUGAUUCAAACACUGAAGAUUCUUAUUCUGAUGAUGAUGAUGAUGAUGAAGUUUCAGCUUAUUCUCAACAUGAAAUCGGGACAUGUAGUCAUUAUGAAGAGGAACAAAUAGUUGAAACUCAUGGGAUUGAGUGGGACAUUUUUCACCAGAAAGAUGUCCCAAAGCUUUUGGAAUAUCUGAACAAGUAUUCUGAUAAACUCAGUAAAUCUUGUGGUUCUCCAAAAAAGGUUGUUCAUCCACUUUUUGAUGAAGUUUUUUACUUAGAUGAGCUUCAUAAACUGAGAAUCAAGGAAGAAUUCAAUAUUGAACCAUGGAGUUUUGAGCAACAUAUUGGUGAAGCUGUUAUCAUUCCAGCUGGUUGUCCUUACCAAAUGAAGAAAGUUAAGUCAUGUGUUAAUGUGGUUUUGGAUUUCAUCUCACCCGAAAGUGUAACUAAUUGCAUUAAAGUAGGCGAUGAAAUUCGCCGACUUCCUGUAAAUCACAAAGCCAAAGGGGCAAUGCCAAAGGUCAAGAACAUGACACAUAGUAUUUAUGUACAUGAGACUUGGAGCAUGAUAUGGAGCUUGUACACUCCAAAGCCAAGUCAACUAAAAUGAUGUUUAAAAAUGGUGGCAUUGACCAUUUCUAUUUCUCAUUCAGCAAAAGGCUUCUUCAAAGUGUUGUGUAAAAGGAACUUUUGUGUUGAUCGAUGGAAGGGCGUUUUAGUCAAAAUCCAUUUUGAUGAACUUUGAACUGGAGUCAAAUUGCAGGUCUUAAAUCCUUCAAUCAGUCAACAAGAGGUAAAGUUAAGGUUGAUCACAUGCAAUAAGGUAUGAAUAAAGGUGGUAUUGGCCAUUGCUAUUUCUCAUAUAAAAAUGGCUCCUUCAAAGUGUUGUGUAGAAGGGAAUCAUGACAUUAUCAAUGAUGGUAUUCUGGUUUGACUUAUCAUCAAAAGCUUUCUAUGGCUGUUUUUGAUAAUGAGGAUAAAGAGGGCAUUAUGGUCAUUUGCACAUAUGAGAGACCAAGAGGUAAAGUUAAGGUUGGUCAAAAGCAAUAAGGUAUGAAUUAAGGAAAUAACUAAACUUUCUAUUUCUUACAAUAACAACCCUCACAUUUCCUUUUUAAGUAUUACUUUUGUCUUCGCAUAAAGAUAAGAUAGGAUUAGAAGCACAUAUUAAUCUCAUUAUCACUAAUCACUUACCCUAAUUUUUCCUUCUCAAUGUUAUGUUGAGAUAGAGUACAUAACAAAGUAUAUGUGUCAUUUUCUCAAAUAAUGAUAUUUCUAUAAUUGCCUAUAUGGAUUGCUGAAUUAGUAAAUAAGUAAUAACCACUUAUUUGUACCACAUUAUACUUUCAUUUUUUCUCUUAUUAAGGCGUUGUACUUUGAUAAAUCUACCCAAUUACAAUGAUGUUAAUAGGAAGAAAUGAAAGUAGAAUGUAAUAAACAAUUUAAUGAAAAUAUUUAAGCUUGAAAUUUUAGCAUCAUAUUCUUGGAAUUCAAGAUUGACAUAAAAUUUAGGGUGAUGCAAAUAUCAAAUACUUUUUUGAAGAUCCUUUUUAUCAUCUAGCAUAUGGUUCUUGAUUUUUGAAAGCAACUUACAUAGAAUCCAAUGGAUGUGAAGAGAUUGAAUUGCAAACUUCAUAUAGAAAGCACAUUUUGGAAUGGUCAUCCUCCUUUUGGCACAGACUGUAUUUGACGUGAAUUGGACUGAGACUUAGAUUGAGGGACAAAAUAUUGGUUAUUGUAAAUAAGUUUGUAGUUUAGGAUGUUAUAUUCAUUCCUUUUGUGUAACAUGAUAACAUUUCCAAAUGCUUUUGGCAUUCGUGUAAUACCUAAAAUCUUGAAAAUAAAAAUAAAAAUAUAAGCUGCAACAACAAUGAUGUAUAUUGGAA